GUGGUGGUUGCGGCCGUGCGGGCUGUCGCGGAGCGCGGGCGGUGCGCGGCUCUGCCCGGGCUCGCAGGGCGGAUAGAGCCGGGAGGCCGGCUCGGCGGAGCGGGGCCGCCAUGGGCUCCCAGGUGCUGCAGAUCCUGCGCCAGGGCGUGUGGGCGGCGCUGAGCGGCGGCUGGUACCAGGACCCGCACCAGGGCGCUGGGGUCAACGCGUUGCACCUCUACCUGUGGCUCUUCUUGCUCUGCUUCCCCUUCACCCUCUACAUGGCUCUUCCUUCUUCCAUGAUGAUAGUAGCUGUCUACUGCCCGGUGAUAGCAGCUCUCUUUAUCGUUUUGAAGAUGGUGAAUUACCGUUUGCACAGGGCACUGGAUGAGGGAGAAAUUGUUGAGAGGAAUGCCAGUGAGCAUAUGGACAGAGGAGCAAAAACAGAACAAAGCAGUAUUUCAGCCAAGAGGAAAGACAGCAAUGGGCCCAGUGAUCCUGGUGGAGGGAUUGAGAUGUCAGAGUUCAUACGAGAAGCAACUCCCCCUGUUGGCUGUAGUUCACGAAAUUCUUAUGCUGGGAUAGAUCCAAACAAUCAGGUUGGAUCUGGGUUAUCUCGUCUGGGAACAGCAGCAACCAUCAAAGGAGACACUGACACUGCCAAGACCUCUGAUGAUAUCAGUUUAAGUCUUGGCCAGAGUUCUAGCUUAUGUAAAGAAGGAAGUGAAGAACAAGAUUUGGCAACGGAUCGGAAGCUUUUUCGUCUGGUGUCGAAUGACUCGUUUGUCUCUAUCCAACCCUCAUUAUCCUCUGGACAGGAUUUGCCAAGGGACAGCAGUGACAAAGUGUGCCUCUCGAACAACCAGCUUGUGGACCAGUCUAAAGCCAGUGCAUGUGACACAGAAGUAGCUUCGCUUGUAACUCUGCAUUCUCACUCCUAUAGGAAGGAUCAUAGACCACGAGGUGUACCAAGGACUUCUAGUUCUGCUGUUGCUUUUCCAGAUGCUUCACUAAAUGACUUCCCUCUCUAUCAGCAAAAACGAGGACUAGAUCCUGUCAGUGAGUUAGAAGCUUCCAAGCCCCCUUCUGGAUCGAGAGAGUCCUUGGCUGAGAACUCUUGCAUUUCAGGAGUCUUUCAAUUAGAUGACAUUCUGAAAAGUAGCAGCCCUCAACCAUUGGUUAAGAGUGGGAAGAGCAAAUCCUUAAAAGCAGACAAAAGUGUGGACAGUUUGAGAAGCCUGAGUACUAGAAGCAGUGGUUCAACAGAAAGCUACUGCAGUGGGACAGAUCGUGACACUAACAGUACCAUCAGUAGCUAUAAAAGUGAACAUACAAGCUCAACACAUAUAGAAAGUGUGUUGUCAGAGCAUGAGGAGGAGUCUCCUAGGGAAGAAAAAAAGGACGGUAAGAAAAAGGACUGUGGUGUUGACUCGGAUGACAGUAGUUCUACUACUGACAAAAGGACUAGUAGUGAAAGGACUGCUGUGGAAGUGAGCACUGUCAGUGGUGUUCAAGAGGUAAAGGGUUCUAAUGCAUCUGAUGAGAUGCACAGUCAGAAAGGUCUUGGUGCCUCUGCUUCAGAAGAGGCCAAUAAGAACCCACAUGCCAAUGAACUGACGACACAAGCUGACAUGCCACCUGGGAAGGCUGCUGAACAAAGAGAUGAGCAGAGUGAGAAAGUAGCUGUGUUGGUAGAUUCAAGAGCUUCUAAAGAAACAAGUGGAAAACAAAAAGAGGGAGAUGUUCGACCAAAAUCUUCUAGUUUAAUACAUCGAACAGCCUCUACCCACAAGUCUAGCCGGAGAAGGACAGGAAAAAAGCGGGCUAGUAGUUUUGAUUCAAGUCGGCACAGGGAAUACGUCUCUUUCCGAGGUGUAUCUGGUACUAAACCUCACAGUGCUGUGUUUUGUCACGAUGAGGACUCCAGUGAUCAAAGUGACUUAAGCAGGACUUCAAGUAUGCAGUCAGCUCACCAGUUCAGCAGUGAUAGCUCUUCCAGCACCACCUCCCAUUCAUGCCAGUCUCCUGAGGGAAAGUACAGUGCUCUAAAGACCAAAUACAUUUCUAAAGAACGUGGGGGCACAGAGCCUGAAAAUGCUCACAAAACCCACGUAAGCUCUGAAGGAAUUAGCAAAAAACGAUCUACACGUCGGACUUCUAGCACAAACAGUGCCAAGAACCGUGCCAGAGUAUUAAGCCUGGACAGUGGUACUGUAGCUUGUUUAAAUGACCCAAAUAGUUUAAUGGCACCGGGAAACAUAAAACAGUUAACCACUUCAAAAUCUGAUUUGGAAGCCAAAGAAGGAGAGGUGCUAGAUGAGCUAUCUCUGUUGGGAAGGGCUUCACACUUAGAGUCAGUCACUCGUUCUAGGAAUAGCUUACCGAGCCAGGCUACAUUUCCUGAAGGGGAAGAGCAAGAAUCAGCAAGUGGAGCAGCACAAGCCAGCGAGGAGACUGUCACAUUUCGUCGUGAACGCAGCACAUUUAGGCGUCAGGCAGUACGACGCCGGCACAAUGCAGGGAGUAACCCUACCCCUCCUACAUUGCUCAUCGGAUCACCCCUCAGCCUUCAAGAUGGUCAGCAAGGCCAGCAGCCCUCCUCCCAGGUCAGAGUGCAGUUCCGCUCCCCUUCCCAGGCAGCGGUGCUCGGCGCUAGCGCCUCCUUGCUGGUGAGAAAUGGGAGUGUCCACUUAGAAGCAUCACAUGCCGCUGCAUCUGCUGUAGGUGGUAGCAGUUUGCACGAUGAACUUGGUAAGUUCAGUUCUACGCUCUACGAGACAGGGGGCUGCGACAUGUCACUUGUGAACUUUGAGCCAGCUGCAAGAAGAGCAUCGAACAUCUGUGACACGGACUCUCACGUAUCGAGUUCUACCUCAGUUCGCUUUUAUCCACAUGAUCUACUUUCUCUUCCUCAGAUCAGGUUGAACAGGCUGCUAACCAUGGAUACAGAUCUCCUGGAGCAGCAAGAUAUUGACCUGAGCCCUGACCUUCAGGACCACAUGCAACCUCAAGAGGAAGUAGCUCAAAAAGUCAAGCAGUACUAUCGCUUUUGGAUCCUGCCUAAGCUUUGGAUUAGCAUCAAUUUUGAUAGAUUAACUCUUCUGGCUUUGUUUGAUAGGAAUCGUGAGAUCCUUGAAAACGUGUUAGCUGUCAUCCUAGCUAUUCUAGUUGCAUUUCUGGGCUCCGUACUUCUUAUAGAGGGCUUUUUCAAGGAUAUUUGGGUCUUCCAGUUCUGCCUGGUAAUAGCCAGUUGUCAGUACUCACUGUUGAAGAGUGUUCAGCCAGAUUCUUCUUCCCCUCGACAUGGUCAUAAUCGUAUCAUAGCCUAUAGUAGGCCUGUAUAUUUCUGCUUAUGCUGUGGUCUUAUUUGGCUGUUGGACUAUGGCAGCAGAAAUAUAUCUACAACAAGAUUCAGGUUGUAUGGAAUGGCUUUCACCAACCCACUGCUGCUGCUGUCAGCCAGGGACUUAGUUAUAGUGUUUACACUAUGUUUUCCCAUAGUAUUCUUCAUUGGUCUUCUGCCUCAGGUGAAUACAUUUGUAAUGUAUCUCUGUGAACAGCUGGAUAUUCAUGUCUUCGGUGGCAAUGCUACCACAAGCCUGCUUGCAGCACUUUACAGUUUUAUCUGUAGUAUUGUGGCAGUAGCAUUGUUGUAUGGACUGUGCUAUGGUGCCCUGAAGGAUUCUUGGGAUGGGCAGCAUAUUCCAGUUCUCUUCUCCAUAUUUUGUGGUUUAUUAGUGGCAAUAUCAUAUCAUCUCAGCAGACAAAGUAGUGACCCUUCUGUACUUUUCUCUUUAGUGCAAUCAAAAUUUUUUCCUAAUUCUGAAGACAAAAACCCUGAGGAUCCUCUGUCUGAAGUAAAAGAUCCUUUACCUGAAAAGCUUAGAAAUUCUGUGAGUGAACGAUUACAGUCUGACCUGAUUGUGUGUAUAGUCAUUGGUGUACUCUAUUUUGCAAUUCACGUCAGUACAGUAUUUACAGUUUUACAGCCUAUUUUAAGUUAUGUUCUCUACGCAUUGGUGGGUACGGUAGGCUUUGUGACCCAUUAUGUUCUGCCUCAACUCCGAAAGCAGCUUCCUUGGCAUUGUUUUUCUCAUCCACUGCUGAAAACCAAGGAAUACUACCAGUUUGAAGUCCGAAGUGCUGCACAUGUUACGUGGUUUGAGAAACUUCAUAUUUGGCUCCUUUUCAUAGAGAAGAAUGUUAUCUAUCCACUGAUAGUCCUCAAUGAGCUUAGUAGCAGCGCUAAGAAUAUUGCUAGUCCAAAGAAACUGGAUACUGAGUUGGGUGCUUUAAUGAUCACAAUAGCUGGCUUGAAGUUACUGCGUUCAUCAUUCAGUAGCCCAACGUGCCAGUAUGUCACUGUUAUUUUCACAGUGCUGUUCUUUACUUUUGAUUACAAAAGUUUUACGGAGACCAUGCUGCUAGAUCUCUUCUUCAUGUCCAUACUCUUCAGCAAGCUUUGGGAACUCUUUUAUAAAUUGAGGUUUGUAUAUACCUACAUUGCUCCCUGGCAGAUCACAUGGGGAUCUGCCUUCCAUGCUUUUGCCCAGCCCUUUGCUGUACCACAUUCUGCAAUGUUGUUUGUCCAAGCAGCUGUGUCAGCUUUCUUCUCUACUCCACUGAAUCCUUUUCUGGGAAGUGCAAUAUUCAUCACUUCAUAUGCCAGGCCUGUCAAAUUCUGGGAAAGAGACUACAAUACAAAGCGUGUGGAUCACUCAAAUACAAGACUGGCUUCACAGCUUGAUAGAAAUCCAGGUUCAGAUGAUAACAACCUGAAUUCAAUCUUCUAUGAACAUUUAACCCGUUCCCUUCAGCACAGCCUUUGUGGAGACUUGUUGUUGGGUCGGUGGGGAAACUAUAGUACUGGGGACUGCUUCAUCCUAGCGUCUGACUACCUCAACGCACUAGUACACCUUAUAGAGAUAGGAAAUGGCUUGGUUACCUUCCAGCUGAGAGGGCUUGAAUUCAGAGGGACUUAUUGCCAGCAACGAGAAGUAGAAGCCAUCACUGAAGGUGUAGAGGAAGAUGAAGGUUUUUGUUGCUGUGAACCUGGCCAUCUUCCUCACAUGCUGUCCUUUAAUGCUGCCUUUGGGCAGCGUUGGCUGGCUUGGGAAGUGCUUGUGACAAAGUAUGUUCUGGAGGGUUACAGCAUCACAGACAACAGUGCGGCUUCCAUGCUUCAAGUCUUUGAUCUCCGGAAAAUUCUCACCACUUAUUAUGUGAAGGGAAUCAUCUAUUAUGUCACGACAUCCCCCAAGCUAGAGGAAUGGUUAGCUAAUGAGACAAUGCAGGAAGGACUGCGGUUGUGCACAGACCGCAAUUACGUUGAUGUAGACCCAACAUUUAACCCCAAUAUUGAUGAGGAUUAUGACCAUCGUCUAGCAGGGAUCUCAAGAGAGAGUUUCUGUAUGAUAUAUUUGAACUGGAUAGAAUACUGCUGCUCUCGAAGAGAAAAGCCACUGGAUGCAAGUAAAGACUCUCCUCUUGUGACAUUGUGUUAUGGACUGUGUGUUCUGGGGCGGAGAGCGUUGGGAACAGCUUCACAUCACAUGUCAAGUAAUCUGGAAUCCUUCUUGUAUGGCCUGCAUGCCCUGUUUAAGGGUGAUUUUCGUAUAUCUUCAAUUAGAGAUGAAUGGAUCUUUGCUGACAUGGAACUGCUGAGGAAGGUAGUGGUUCCUGGAAUACGGAUGUCACUUAAGCUACAUCAGGAUCACUUCACUUCUCCAGAUGAAUAUGAUGAUCCUUCUGUCCUCUAUGAAGCCAUAACAACCCACGAAGAAAAUCUAGUUAUAGCACAUGAAGGUGACCCUGCUUGGCGGAGUGCAGUUCUUUCCAAUUCUCCCUCCCUCCUUGCUCUGCGUCAUGUGAUGGACGAUGGCACCAAUGAAUACAAGAUCAUUAUGCUGAAUAAGCGGUAUCUCAGUUUCAGGGUCAUCAAGGUGAAUAAGGAGUGUGUGCGUGGCCUGUGGGCAGGACAACAGCAGGAACUUGUCUUCCUGCGUAAUCGUAAUCCAGAAAGAGGAAGUAUCCAAAACGCAAAACAAGCUCUGCGGAACAUGAUCAACUCCUCCUGUGACCAGCCAAUUGGAUACCCAAUCUACGUCUCACCUUUGACUACUUCCUAUUCAGAUAGUCAUGAACAGCUGAAGGAGAUUCUCGGGGGAGCUAUCAGUUUAGGAAACAUCAGAAACUUCAUAGUGUCUACAUGGCACAGACUAAGGAAAGGCUGUGGAGCUGGCUGCAAUAGUGGUGGAAAUAUUGAGGAUUCAGAUGCUGGAGGUGGAGCUUCUUGCACAAGUAACAAUGCAACUAUCAAUGAGUCUCAGAGCAGCAUGUCACAAGGAGGAGGGAAUGCAACUACAGGGCAGGGACCUGGAGCAGUACAGCACCCUCCUGUUUCAGCUCAUCCGACAACUCUUCCUGCAGCUCAUCCACCAGCUCAUCCCUCCACUUUGGGCACCAGUCACAGCUCUCACUCUGUGCAGUCAAGCCUUGUCAGACAUUCCCCUGCCCGUGCCUCAGUAGCUAGCCAUUCAUCUUAUUGCUACGGCAGUCGUCAUUCAUCUCUUCGCACAUCCACAACGGGCUUUGUGCCUUGUCGGCGCUCUUCCACCAGUCAGAUAUCCCUUCGUAACCUUCCAUCAUCCAUCCAGUCCCGCCUGUCUAUGGUGAACCAAAUGGAACCUACUGGCCAGACUGGGGUCAGCAUGCAGCAUGGACUGCCCUCUUCUAGCAGCUCCAGCCAAAGCAUCCCAGCCUGUAAACAGCAUGCCCUUGUGGGCUUUCUAGGGACAGAAGGAGGGAGUAAUGCAACUGAAACUCAGUCAGGUGGCAAUGCAAGCCCUGCAAAUCAAAUGCAAGCCAAAAAGGAUGACGUUAUUUACAGAAUCCAGUUGAUGGAUCCCAGUCAAGUACUGGAAGGGAUCAACGUGUCAAAAAGGAAAGAGCUGCAGUGGCCAGAUGAGGUGAUACGGCUAAAAGCUGGAAGAAACAGCUGGAAAGACUGGAGUCCUCAGGAAGGCAUGGAAGGCCAUGUGAUUCACCGCUGGGUGCCUUGCAGCAGAGAUCCAAGUAGUCGGUCCCAUAUAGAUAAAACCAUCCUGCUGGUUCAAAUUGAAGAUAAAUAUGUUGCUGUUGUUGAAACUGGAGUCCUUGAACUUGGGGCUGAAGUGUAAAUCUCUUUGAAACUGAAACUUUCCCUUCUCCAACAGUUCAGAAGAGAGAAGGGUCCAGAAGAAGCAGCUCCCAGGACAUGAAACUUCGGUCCAGUUGUAGGGAAGGACUUGAAACACAGAUUUGUUUAAGUUCCUUUCCCCAAAUAAACAAGUGUAAGAAAUUUUUUAAGUUGUUAGCUGCUGAAGAAACAUUUGCAUGAAGGAUAGAUUUGUUGAGACAUAUCUUUUUGUUUAUAAAUUUUGUUUAUGCAUUGCGUAAUGCUUUAAAUCAACAAACUUUUCAGUUCUAAGAUCAGAGCACCUCAUAUUUUUCUAAUUGUUUUGCCAAAAAUUGCCAUGUCUUGUCACAAGAGCGUGUGGAGUUCAUCCACCUUAUUUUAAAGAAAUUGACUACAAACCUUCAGUUUGGUGAAACAGUGUAAGGGUUUCAGGUGUGGCAAGAAGAGACUGAACAGAUGUAUAGAUUCUUAUUCCUUAUGAGCUAAACAUUAAUGAGAACUGCACUAAUUUUUUUACAGCAAUGCACUAAAAACAACCCUGAGAUUGCUGAGAACAUUUAUUUAUAUAUAUAAAUAUAAGUAUAUAAAAUACCAUUAUUUAAAUUGCCUUUGGGAUUAAUCCCCUCCCUCUCCAUAUACAUGUUGAUGGUAAGGGCUGUGCCAUGGGUUUGGUUCUAUGUUCUGUAUUUCGUACAAGUGCAUUUGCUGCAUCCUUUUCACAAUAAAUGGUAAAAUAACAUAUAUAGAAAAGCACCUGAGUAUCCCUGUACUACAUCAGACUAUUGUGGUGGCAGUGGUACCUCAAAUCUGUACAACACAUCUAGCUUUAAAGUGAAUCCUAAAAUACUACCUUUCAUUUGUUCCCUCCUCACUGGCCCUGGCUACUUUGCUUCUUUACACCCAGAGCUAACUAUGUUGUUUUGUUGGCUCUUCUCUGGCAGAGACAGUUGUUUCAGUUUUGUAGGGGGAGGUACAGGUCUGUGAUUACUUCAUGGAGGAUUGAAGGUUUUUUAUUCUAUCCAAUUUAGAAAGGAAAAACAGCAACAACAAAAUCCCCAAGAACAACAACAAAAAAAUUACUUCAACUUUUAAAGAGCUUUCAUAGAAGGCACAGCCCUAAACUUGUAUCACUUUUACCACCUUGCCUUUUCUUUCCCUUUAGUCUUCAUUCUUUUCUACGACUUGAAUUUUAUUUUCUGUGAUGAUAUAUUCUGUGUAAGUGUAAUUUGAGUAUUUAUAACUGUGAAGCUGAAUUACUCAUGUGUUACAUAUCCUAGGUUUCAUUCUAUUUUUUUAAAAGUGUGUAUUCAGGGAAACAAGUAACUCAGAACUAUCAUGGGAGUGUGAGAGGGAAACUGGUUUGUUCUUGACUUGCAGUUCCUAUGACUCACUUUUCUUAAUCCGUAAGAAAAAAAUCUACCUGUUGUGAUUGUUUCCUAUUUCUGACCUGUAAUUACUUAGGACUGUGGGGAAACUGCACACAGUCCUAGCUUUUGGGAGCAGCCAUCUUCUUCCCAGUCACCUCCACUUUAUAUGUAACAUAACCAGAAGAGACUUCUGAUUCAGCACAGAGAUUAUUGCAAUUUCUCUGACAUCAGAGGAACAUUGUCUAUUAUGUACCUAAUGUAAGAGUGAAAUUAUAUGGGCUGAAAAAAACAAAGAAAGAAACAGCUACCUAAGAAACGUAUGUAUUAUGACUCAAGUCACUGUAUGCCAUCUAGCCAUGAAAGGGUAAGGCCGUGUGCCUGGUAGCUAGUCAAUUCUGGAUACUGUUCCUAAUGAAUUCUACUGGGACUUUGCUUACAUCAUAUACUAUGCAAACAUGUACUCAAAGUACUGUGCAUCUUACAGUUGCAUAUUACUAUUUGGUUUAUGCAUAUGCAGUCCAAUUCAGUCUUGGUGUAAAUGCACAGUUCUAGGUCUGCUACUUCUGAAAUAAUUCUGCUGUUCCACAUAAUUUAUUAUAUCUGCACAUUAUAGUGUAGCUAAAUUCAUCUCCUGCAUAUCUGAAAACUUAGUACAGUAGAUAAACCAUCUUUAGCAGUUUGGUAAUGUUGCUAUCAGAAAUUAAGAAAAAGUGUACACUUUGAAUUCAAGGUUUUAGUUGAGGUUUUAUUCUGUCUUUCCCUUCAGGUAAUUACAGGGUUUUCUGUACCACUAGGAAUACUGCUUCAUUUUAGAAAGAGGAGUUUGAGAAUAGGCCCCAUUUAUGUUAGUUGCACAAGGCUGGGUUUCUUUCUUGUACUGAAGCCUUGAGGUAAGCAAAUGACUGAAAGUCAAAAUGCAGUGGUGGUUUUUGCUUGUUUAUGGGUUUUGGAGGGGUUAUGGGAGCUUUUUAUUUGUUUGGAUUUUUUAUUUAUAAAAAAAUCAAACUUGACUGAAGCAACUUUUUGUAUGUUAACUGUGGCUUUGAACAAUCUUUCAGUCUUUUCAGGACAAGAUAAUGACAAUGUCCAUUGCUGGUAAUAGAUAGGAAUUAAUGGCUCAUUAACAUAAAAAUCUGUAGAGAAUGUUUAACUGCCUGGAAUUAGAUCAGCAAACAGCUGAUUGGGGGAAAAAUGUGGGGUUUCUUUAAGGGGCAAAGAGAAUUAAUGGAUCUUUCUACUUACUUUUUUUUCCAAUUUUAAGGUUUUUGGUGUGUUGCCUUCAGGAGGUGGAUUCCAGUGUGGCCAGUUAACAGCUUAAUACCUUCUUUCAGAUACUUGGAGAGUGCCUGCUAUGAAGUCUUUGCAUAGUGCUCAUACUAAUUCCAGGUCUGCUCAACAGAAGCCACCUCUUUGAAAUUUCACUUUUCUGUAAGGCUUUGGAAAUUUUAUUAAAGUUUUCCUUCUUUCUGAACUCUUAAAGUUCAACAAUCACCAUUACAUGUUGGUUUGUGCAAAGCUUGUGUCAUUGGUUUCUAUGUGCAAGUGACAAACCAUGUUUGUUUACUUUUAACUCCCCACAGGAUAGAUCUGUCAGUAAAAACCUUUUCUAGAUAGGGAUGAUUUCAUCUUCUGUUUUCUUUUCUUUGGCCUUUGUCUUAAUGAAUGAUAUUUUUCUCCUGUUGUGAGUAUGGAAAAGAUGGGUAUUUUCAGAUCAGUCCUGUUAGUCAGAUUAAGCUCAGAAUAGAACAGAUUUUUGGGGUUUUUUUUUUAUCUUUCUAAGCUUUCAUGAAAACCCAUUCUGGAUGAGUGCUUUAUCUCUGUCCACUUGCAUUGUGUGAUAUUCUUUUGCCAUAAGAACAUUCCAGUUAAGACCCAUUGUUUUAGCUUCCAGGUAGUUUCCAUCUCUGAAUUCUUUAACGGUGGUAUCUGUGCGUUGCAUACCUGCUCCCUAAAAUAAAAAUUACAGAAAAAUGCUGGAAACCCCCCACUAAUCAGAUUAUGUUCUUUGAUAAAAAUGGCUACUACUUAAUUUUUUUAAAUCCUUUCCCUGUUUCAUCUCCCUGUGAAAUAUUUUAAAAUGUUCUGAUUAAAACAAAACCCUAAAAUGUCUGUGACACCACUGAUGACACCUAGAUUUCUGUGCUACUUGCACCGUUACACUUGUGAUGAAUUCAGGGAUGUGCUCUCAUGAUUCAUCAUUUGCAAAUUGAUUUUGGAGCUGGGGGGAGAGUAAGGGAGGAGUAAGUAGGUUGAAUGUUCCUGUAGCCACUUUGGGACAUUUGGCAUGUUUGAGUGGUAAUCUUAAUUUUCAGGUCAGCUGUGUAGUCAUCACCAGAGAUUCCUUACCCCCCAUAUUCACAAUUGUCUUUGGAAUCGAAGAACUCUUUGAGAAGCCUAGGUGAUGGGUGAGGUGAAAGAUGAAGACUUGGGGCACAGGUCCCUGCCCUUGGCUAUUUGGCAAGUGGCCAUAAAGCUUUGUCUGGACUUGGGUGAGCAGGGACAAGAGAUGCCUUACAGCCGGAUUCAACAUCGAAUUGUUUCUCUGAUAAUGCACACACCAACACAGAUCUAGGAGUGUAAGAUACAAAGACACUGCUUUAAGGAUCUUCAAUUGCAGAACUCUCCAUUCACAGAACGGAGCAGGAUCUAUUGCAUUUCUUACCAUUAACAAUGUUACUCAAAUGUUAUUCAGCUCAUUGGAUUUGGGGUUAUACCACCACAGGUUUUAUGUACUUAAUUUUAUUAAGGAUAUUUAUACCUAUUAUAUAGGCAUCUAUUCUUUUUGUGUCUGGCUUGCUAUUUGAUAAUCUCUUGCAGUACAUUCAGUGGCACUGGACUUGUUCAGAAAUUCUACUGGUAAAAUUACUGGUGCCUUAGUAAAAAAAUGGGUACAUAACACCUUGGUGGAAAGUAAAGCAUGUGGCUUGUUUCACCCCAGCAUGAUACGCAUAUUUCAAAACAGGUGAUUAAGAUGGCUGCCCCAAAAGAUUUUUGGGAGUAUAAAUACGUCACUCAGUCACAAACAUCUGAAUAUGAGCAAUUUUUAUGACUUCUGCUAUGUACAGUUUGAAUAGAUAAUCCCAGUACACCUAGGCCACAGCUCUUUAAGAAACGGCAAUCAGGUAGCUGGGCUUCUGAGUGUGUUACACAGAUGUCCCCAGGAGCCUGAUGUUGAGCUGCUGGUUAGGGAGAGGGGAGUACAGUGUGAGGAUGGGUUUGGUUUUUAAUGGACAAUGGAAAUAUGUAUCGCCUCUGCCAGCAAACAGAUACCUUGCCAGGGAUAGGGAUAUACAUACCUGCGUGUCUGUGAGCGUGUAUGUGUCUGCGUGUGUUACUGGAAAUGGCCUGUAAAUAGUGUAGCUGUUUAAAAUGGAAAAGGCAGAGAGUUUUUUGCAACAUGUUGCAGCAAAAGGACAGUAUUGACAGUGGAGAAACACUGAGAAAUAAAAAAAAACUUUUUUCA